CCGCUUCGCAUUCAGCUUUCUCCAUCACGAACAUCCUCAACCAACACCUCACACAGUCACAGUCACAGUUCAGGCUCACCUUAGUCCGGAUAAACAACAUGCCUGCCUCCGAAGCUGAGACAAAAGAAGCUUUUGCCCUAUUCGAUAAGAAGGGAACAGGAACCAUCAGUCGAGAGAGCUUGGGGGAUCUCCUCCGAGCCCUAGGUCAGAAUCCCACUCAAGCCGAGGUAGCGGAACUAGCUGCCAGCGCGCCCCACGAUAUCGACUUUGCGACUUUUUCGGCUAUCCUCAAUCGACCCGGAGGGUUUUCUCCCGCGGGCACAGCUGAAGACUUUAUACGUGGCUUUCGUGUGUUCGAUAAGGCGGGCAACGGAUACAUCGGCGCUGGCGAACUUCGUUACGUCUUGACUAGCUUGGGUGAAAAAUUGAGUGAUGAAGAAGUCGACGAGCUGAUGAAAUGCGUCCAGAUCGGAGCUGAUGGGUAUAUCGAUUACGAAAAAUUUGUCAGGAGCAUUCUGCAGCAAUGAAAUACAGAUUUUCCGCCCGACUCCUUUGCAUUGUUUUUCUUUCGAACUUGCCCUAAAAAGUUUUAGAUUCUGUUCUUUAUUCAUGCAUAUUGUAACUUUUUUUUUCUCUUUCUUUUUCGAUGAAAACCCUCCCAAACAUUUACAGACAUUCUGUGAAGGAUAGACCCAACAUGGUUGGCUUACAGUAAUAAGGCUUGAAAUGACAGUACAUGUGGUACGCAAUACAUACUCAAAAGUUGUUAC